AUGUUCGCUAAUUUGAAUAUGCAGCAGUUUUGGCAAGAAUGUUGGAAAAUGCAGCAGCAAUUAGCUAAUGGAGUGGAUGCAUUCGCUACAUUGAGAGCACCGUCCACAAGUCAUUCGGGUGAUUCUUCAAGAUCUCCAUCUCCAGAAGCAGUAGAAGGCCCAUCGAAUGUUACGCAGAAUUCCUUCAGCACCGAACACAUCGACCUCAGCGCACUUCUUUGCAAUGACAAACGUAGCAGUGGUGACGCAGAGAAGGCUGAUAAUAAACGACGACGAACGCGAACGAAUUUCACGGGUUGGCAGCUGGAGGAACUGGAAAAUGCUUUUGAGGCUAGUCAUUAUCCGGACGUAUUUAUGCGCGAAGCUCUUGCGCUUAGAUUGGAUCUUCUCGAAUCUAGAGUUCAGGUUUGGUUUCAAAAUCGAAGGGCCAAAUGGCGUAAGAAAGAGCAGUCGAGGAAAGGGGUGGGUCGUUCGCAGAACACCGCUCUACAUAGUUCUUGUGGCCGAGAUGCAACCAAGAGCGAAGGAGAACAGAGAGAAGGUGAUGUGCCUAAAGAGCCAGCGAGUACAUUCUCGAUUGAAAGUCUUUUGGCUGCAUCUCGAGUACCUCGUGGAAGAAGACCAAAUGCAAAGUAUCCCCGAGUACAAGCGUGUAAAUCGAUGUCACCGUUUAUGUUUCCGCUCUUUCCAAUCACUCAACCAGCUGGCAUCACAAUUCGCGAAAGUAGUCCAGCAUCCAUAAAAGAUGACACCGAAACGUAG